UCUGAUUGAGUUGUCCUUAGGGAGAGGUAGCCUUAGGUAUUGCCUAUAAAAAUAUCACGUGACAAUUGGAGGGAGUGACAAUUGGACGUGACAAUUGACAAUGGGAGAAAAUAUCACGUGACAAUCACGUGAUAAACGUCAUACAUUGGAGGGAGAUUGUGAUUCAAGCUGGAGGAAUUCCUUUGUUGAGCCGCUAGAAUCCGAAGGAAACAGCGGAAAUUGCCUACGACUAUUUAAUGAAUUUAACGGUGAUGAAUAAGUGCGAAAAACGUUUUGGCUUUAUAAAAUUUGAUGAAAUGACCAGGGUAAAAGUUUUAUUACUGGCGGUCAAUUCAAAGCGGCGCAAACAUUUAAACAGUGAAGAUAGUGAAGCACGAUUCAAAGUGUGGUACACCUUUCGUACUUUGAGCGGCGAUAGCGGGAUAACGGUGUGGAGCUUCGAGGAUCGGUCUUCAGUUCCCGGACCAGAAAGGCAUCAAGAGUAAUUGAAAGAUGACAGACACAGAAAUAAGCAUAAAUGGAGUGCCAGUGAGGUUUCCAUUUGAACCAUAUGAAAUUCAGAAGGUCUACAUGGAGAAAGUGAUAACAUGCUUGCAACAGGGCGCGAACGGAGUGCUGGAGUCGCCGACGGGAACCGGUAAAACGCUCUGUCUGCUCUGCUCGACGCUGGCCUGGGCCGAGUCGGUCCGAGCCCAGCAGGCGGCCACCGUCCGCGGCAUGGCAGAACUGAACCCGGAGUUCUACUCGGCCCUCAGCGCUCAGCUCGACCAGGCGGCGGGAUCAGGCUGGGGAAACUCGGCCACGCCCUCCAUCAUAGGUGCGCCUAAGAUCAUCUUCGCGUCUCGGACACACUCUCAGCUGUCCCAGGUGGUGCAGGAACUGAAACGGACCUCGUACCGAUACGUACGGGCAGUGGUGAUUGGCUCCCGGGACCAGUUGUGCAUCCACCCCGAGGUCAGCAAGGAGACCAACAACAGUGUCAAGGUGCACAUGUGCCAGGCAAAGGUCAAGUCGCGCACCUGCCACUACUAUAAUCAGGUGGAGCCCCGCCGCACUGACAAACACCUGACAGAGGCUCCUGUCACGGACAUCGAGGACCUGGUCACGCUGGGAAACAAGCUAAACUUUUGUCCGUACUACAUGGCGCGGUCACUGCGAGAGGCAGCAGAUGUGAUCUUCCUGCCCUACAACUACCUCCUCGACCCCAAGACACGCAAAGCCAACGGCGUUGAACUCCAAAACAGCGUGGUGAUUUUCGACGAGGCGCACAACAUUGAGAAGAUGUGCGAGGAGUCUGCGUCGCUUCAGCUGCGAUCCACCGACAUCGCGUUAUGUGUGGACGAGCUGACACACGUGCUGACUCAGCUGGUGGCUCCGGAGGCGGGCGCUGACCCCGAGUUUACCUCAGCCGCCGCCGCCGCCGAGCUCAGCGCUGAGAACCUGGCGCUGAUGAAGACCAUGCUGCUGGAACUGGAGCGUGCCAUCGACGCCAUCCCGCUGCCGAACGCUGCCGACGGCGCCCACUUCCCGGGCAGCUACAUGUUCGAGCUGCUGGAGCGGGCGCAGAUCACUCACGGCCGGCGAGCGGUGAUUGUCGAGGAACUGGAGAAGGUGAUCUCGUUCCUCACCAACUCGGCGACUUCGGUGUUCUCCCGGCGCGGCAACGGGCUGCAGAAGUUUGCCGACCUCAUCAAGGUGGUCUUCAACCGCGACACGUUCGACCUGAAGCACAUGGAGCGAGUCAAGAAGUGCUACAAGGUACACGUGGGUUUGGAGCAGCAGAAGGCCGGCAAGCGGCCGAGAAACGACCCAUGGCAGAAGGCGCAGUCGACCGCUGACUGCCGCGUCCUUUCCUACUGGUGCUUCAGCCCCGGGUUCGGGAUGGCCGAUCUGAUGGAUCAGGGAGUCAAGUGUGUCCUGCUGACGAGCGGCACACUGGCGCCACUCAGCUCCUUCACCUCCGAACUGCAGGUGCCGUUCCCCAUCAGCCUAGAGAACCCCCACAUCAUUCAGUCGGACCAGGUGUGGGUGGGCUGUAUCAGCCGCGGUCCGGACGGCACGCCCCUCAGCUCCAGCUACCAGAACCGCACCAGUGCCCGCUACCUCAGCUCACUGGGGCAGACGGUGGCCAACGUGGCCCGUCUGGUGCCCGACGGACUGCUCGUCUUCUUUCCGUCCUACUCGAUGCUGCGCGCGUGCCAUGAGGCGUGGCAGACGAACGGAGUCUGGGGUCGCAUCGCCGCCAACAAGUCUGUGUUUGUGGAGACGGGUGGGAAGGAGGUGUUUGCGCAGAACAUGAACGACUACUACAGCCGCAUCAUCAGCCCCACCGAGGGCACCCGCGGCGCCUGCUUCAUGGCCGUGUGUCGAGGCAAGGUCUCCGAGGGACUCGACUUCUCCGACAGGAACGGCCGCGCCGUCAUCAUCACCGGCCUGCCGUACCCGCCGCUGAAGGACCCGCGGGUGGUGCUGAAGCGGCAGUACCUGGACGAGGUCCGCCGGACUCCGAGUGGCGCCGGCGGCGCGCAGGGCCUCUCCGGCCAGGACUGGUACCGUCUGGAGGCGUCACGCGCCGUCAACCAGGCGGUCGGACGCGUCAUCCGUCACCGACGAGACUACGGAGCCGUCAUCCUGUGUGACUCGCGCUUCGGAGAUGCGGGGUUCUCGGGCCAGCUGUCGGCCUGGGUUCGGCCCUACCUACGUGUGCACGCCAACUUUGGCACCGUGGUGCGAGAACUCACCCAGUUCUUCAAAUCCUGCCAGGAGAAGUACCCGUGCUCCAGCCAGCCGGCCGCGGCAGCCAGUGACCGACCCGCCGGACCGGCCACCCACGCCACCUUCGCGUUCGCGCCGUCCCGCGUGUCAGCAGCUCGAUCAGACAGCAACGGUAGCAGCGGCGGUGUGCCGGAGCAGGGGUCCGCGAACUCCGCCUCGCUGGUGCAGAUGUACGGCCGGACCGGCAGUGGCAGCAAGACCGAGCCUGGGACGGCCGGCAGCGGUGGGGGACUGCUAGAUCAGAUGAACAAGUGGAGUGGGGCGGCAGGGGCAGCGGCUGGCGCACCCGGGACCGUGAAGGCAGAGCGGACCUGUCAGUCUGCGCCCGUCACUACCCUCGCUAGUGCUGCUGAUGCGACCUCCGCCCCCGCCGCGGGCCGGGGCCGAAAGUUCAAGCUGUCGCACAACCCGGCGGCGUUAGUUCUGGGCGGCAGACGGGUGCCUGAUAGCACUGCUGUGCUGGCCACCGACUGUUCGCCUCCGAACAAGACAGCCAGGGCCGACGAACGGACAGGGGCCGGCGCGGGCAAUACAGCUGUGGCCAGUCCUACACCCGACGGGACGGGAGCAGCCGCCGCAGCUGCCGAGAAGGCGACAGCUGCAGCUCCCGAGAAGGACGCCAAAAAGAAGAGCAAGAUCGCCGACUACAUAAUUGGGGCCAAGAGGCUGCUGUCGGCCGCCGACUACAAGCUGUUUGCGGCGGCGAUCAAGGGCUACACGGCCACGCGCGACUUCCCAGAGCUGGUGUCGAGCCUGGCCGGGGUGCUGGUGGGCACCGGCGACCAGCAGCUGCAGCAGCUCUUCAGAGGAUUCGCGCAGUUUGUCCGGCCCGAACACAAGACUCGGUUUGAAGACGCCUGCCGCGAGCUGACUGGCUCGGUUUGAGGAUUCCUGCCGCGAGCGGCCUGACUGGCUCGGUUUGAGGACGCCUGUCGUGAGCUGACUGGCUCGGUUUGAGGACGCCUGUCGUGAGCUGACUGGCUCGGUCUCAACAUGAAGUCAUGACGCCUUAUCGGACGCAGCUCGAGUAUGUCAGCUGUCAGGCCGACUGGCUCGGUUUCGUGACGUCAUGGCGUCUGGUUGAUGUCGCUCGCGUGACUAUCUGAGAGUGACGCUGUUCGAAGGCCAACGCGGGUCCGGGAUCUCGCUGCUGACUGGUGGCUUGCUGUGUUUGCUGGGUAUUUCGCUGUGAUAGACUGGGGUCCUGGUGAUGGCUGGGUUUGUCAGGCUAAAACCCGUAGCCAAUGCUGUGAAGUCCUGACACUAGAGUGAUUGUGCCUUGUGAUAUUUCAGCAGGAUGAGAAGCGCUUGUUUCAGUGACGCGUCAUCGAGUGCUUUUGAUAUUCAUUUACAGAACAUUGUUCGUACAUGAGUAACUGCAUGAGUAACUGUUAUCUAAUGGAUCUAGUCUAUUGUGCCUCGUGUCAUGACUGCCAUAUUCAUGUCAUUGUUGUUGGUUUGCGUGGACCGAUAUGCAUUCAUUCCAGUGCGCAGCUCGAUACCAUAGGUCUUCACACUUGUUACUGUUGUUAGAGAGUGCCUUUCGUAGGUCAUUUCAUGAAGUUUUCUCGGGUGAACUGCAACGAAUAGCUCACACAGUGCGCCAUCCAUGUUUGUACUCUAUAUUUUCUAACAGAUGUUUACUUGCCUUUACCUAGUUAUAACACAAUACACCGGAACACUGCGACUACGCUGUCUGCAUAUUUUAAAUAUGUAUUGAUAAAUCUGAUCACCGAAUAUCAA